GUCCUGCAAAUUCCAACCACAGGGCCAGGAGGUGGAUCGGAGGGGAGGCAUCCUCCAGCACCCUUUCCGCCUCUUGAAGAAGCUGGGAAACCGGUGCAGGUUAAGGCUAGAUUCGCAGCAGCGGCUGGAGGCCCUGCCCUUACGACUUCAGUCCACGCGAAAGCGCAGGCUCGGGGAGAAAGGAUACUAGCCCGGGACCAAUCAGCGAGUCCGGGACAAGGCUGACAAAAAUCCCAAACAUCGCCCUAAUGGGCAGCGAGCAAGAGCGCAGUCCUGAGGUCGCAAGGGACCCAGCCAACCGCCGAGAUGCGCGGGAGGCUAGAGAGGUCCCGGCGCAUGCAGGGGGCGGAGCCCGGACCGGCCGGAGCGCAGGGCGCACGCGCCCACGGGGCGGGGCGGCGAGCUCCGGGGCCCGAGCGCCUGCAAGGGGCGGAGCCGGAGAGGACAGGAUCGCGGAGCCCACGCACCUGCGCACGCGCUGGUGAAGCGGUGAGGAAGGCUGCAAUGGCGCCGUCUCCGCAGGUUCGGGUCCUGAGGUGCUGCUGCUGCCGUCUCUUCCAGACGCACCAGGUGAAAAAGAGUCUCAAAUGGACAUGUAAAGCUUGUGGAGAGAAGCAGUCAUUUUUGCGGGCUUACGGUGAGGGCUCUGGUGCCGACUGUAGACGCCAUGUCCAAAAAUUAAAUCUGCUGCAGGGACAGGUUUCUGAGAUGUCACUCAGGUCUCUGGAAGAACCUGGAAAUGCCGAUGAAGAGAAGGACGCAGGUCUUGGGCACACUGACCAUAUGAUUCUGCAGGAAAAACCUAAGCCGUCCGAGAACCGCUGGCUGAAGUACAUAGCAAGGGGCUCCAGGGAGCUGGGGCCAGAAGCAGGAGCGUGUUUCAACAGCUGGCCCUCGUCCACCACAGAGAAGCCAGACCCUCCCUUCCAUACCAGCCUGCCUCGGAAAAGGAGAUGGAGCCAGAGCACGACACAGCCUCUGUGCAGCCCUGACGGCCAGGACUUGGGGGACUCAGAGGUCACCUUGGAGACCCAGAAGGAUCCCACUGGCCUGACGGGGAAGGUCAGAGAAGGAAACAGUCAUGAGGACUGGAACACCAGGGCGCUCACUGGUCCUUGGGGGGAACCACCACGUCCUGUCCAGAAAUCUUCUAAGUGGGAACGAUUUCUUUUUCCACCUGGAAACAGCUCACAUGUGCACACAGAGUCCCCGACACCCCUGCACAGGCACCCCAGGCCAGCUGCACAGGCUGAGGAGGGGACCCCAAGGGCUCAGACCCCAAGAGAAGGAAGCCUCAGCAGGAUGCCCGGUGUGCUCCAGCUCCCUCUGGCCACACACACGCCCACAUCUGGGCCCAAGAGGCCUUUCAAGGAGACUCCUGAGCACUUGUGGGGUACAGGCUCUCGGGCAGAGGCUGGGCCCUCAGUCAGAGGGGCACAGGAGCCCCCACUCGUGCGACUCUGUGACCUCUUUAACACCGGCGAGGACUUUGAUGACAAUCUAUGAACUGAGUCUAGAAUGCUAUUCCGUGUUUGUUACAUGAGCCCCUCUCUACUAGACUCUUAUGUCAUUGGAAACGGGGUUCCCUGAGGUGCUUUUAAAUAGUAGGACUGAAGAGGUUUAUGGGAACGACCAAGAACCAACAAUAAACAUGACUGUCAAACGGGUCA